AUGAUAUCGUUGAUAAAAUUUAUCGGAGGAUUCGAGAAAUGGAAUGAGUUGAAUGAGGAUUGUCGAUUGGCCGUGGUGAAGUUCUUAGAGUACAAGGAUAGAUGCAAACUUGGAAUUUGUUCCAAAAGAGACUAUGAAACUGUGAAAUCCACUCCAUUGGAUGUGUACAAAAUCUCAAUCUACGAUAAUGAGAAGUAUCAUUAUUCGUUCCGCAAGGAAGAUUUUAGUCUUCCGAAAUGUAAAUUUAUUCGAAUUGGCUCUGAUGACGUGGAAACAUUCCGUUGGUGGCUACAAAAAGUUCCAAAUCAGAUGAAAUAUGUUAAGCUGUUUGCACUGGAUGCUGAUCGAGAAAUGUUCACUAUUCCAUCAAAUCUUCUGAACGCUCCACAGAUAAUGGAAACUCUGGAGUUCGACAUCUGGUGUCGAGCUGAUUUCUCGGAUGAGCAAUUUUUGAAUUUGAAAGCUAAUACUCUUGGCUUCCGCUGUGUGAACAUCACCGAUCAAGGAAUCAACAUGUACAUCAAAAAAUGGGUCAACGGAAACGGGGUACCGGAUUUCAAGAAUGCUAUUCUCAGGACAAAUGAAGCUCGAGACAUCAAUAAAAUGAUACGUGGAUUGGAAUGUAGACAAUGGCAAGGAGAUUUUGAAAAUGAAGAAGCAGGAUUCUGUGGCGAUUUCGAGCGAGUUUGUGGUCGUGGAAAUUGUGUACAAAUCUACAGUAAAAUCGAUCCAUACGAAAGUUUAACAUUGAAUGUCUCAAGUGACUGCGUGGCAAUUUACUGGACCGGACACAAACAUGAAUAUAAUGGAAGAACGUAUUCCUAUUAUUCGAUUCCUUGA